UCAAUCAUACUUCCCUCUGUUCGCUGGAGUUCUCUCUACAAGGAUUUUUUCGGUAUUUGCAUGUGUUUGUAUGAAACCCGAAUCUGAACGGGAUCAUUCUGUCUUGCUUUUGAAAGUCCCGGAGUAAAGGCUUCUGACUUGGAUAGGGACUCAAUUUUUCUAGCAUGAUUACUCAGGCGGCCAGGGGGGCUCCUGCAAGAGGGAAUCAUCAAAGGAAGAUGGUUCUGGAUUUAGACCUCAACAUGGCACCACCAAAUGAGAAUCGGGAUCUGGAGGGCCCUUCAACUCAAGUGGAGCAUAAUGGAACUCAAACUGGCCCACAAGGGCGGUCUGCACCACCUCCUUUGAUUGAUGUUGAGGCCAUCGAUGACGAUGUUGUCGAGUCCUCACCGUGGGCUUUUGCUCAAGCCAGAAACAGGUCCAGAAGGAAUGGUGGAAGGCGUGUUGUGGAUGUGGAUCUAGAAACAAGGACCAGGGUGGUUACCCAGAAUAACCGUGACAGGCGAAGAGAUCUGCCCCGCCAAACAAUUUUUAAUUGCGAUUUGUACAUAAAUUUGGAAAGCAGUAGCAACACUACGAGAGAGAAUGUGACAAAGCCACCUUUACCACCAAAGGAGCCCACACUUACAUGUCCAAUUUGUAUGGGCCCAGUAGUUGAGGAAAUGUCGACGAGGUGUGGUCACAUAUUCUGUAAGGCAUGUAUUACGACUGCAAUGCGCACGCAGAGUAAAUGCCCCACUUGUAGGAAACCCAUCACAAUAAACGAGCUCAUUAGAAUCUUCCUGCCUUCAAGCAGUUGAGGCUCAGGCAUUAUAUUUGGUUGUGAUUGAAACAAACUGCUGCCGACUGAAAGGAAAAGGGAACCAAUUGUUUUGGCUUGUUAGGACACAAUGUUCUUAGUUAACUUUUGGAAUUUUCUGAAAAUAUUGUGUUCUUCAAGCUAGUAUACUUAAUGACAGUGGUGGGUUUGGUGCUAUAUUUUUGAGUUAUUGUCCAGAACAAAGUUAUGUUACUAUAUUGUUUUAAUGUAGAAGCUGCCUAGUUUAGGUAUUUGAUGGGAAUUGGCGUUUGGAACUGGACGGUCUACUGAGGUUUAGAGUAAUUGUUCACUUUGAUAGUGGAA